AUGUCACAGCCAUACGAUAUUCCCGAGACCCAAGCCAUCAACAGUGCUCAGAUCUCAGACUCGCCAGGCAGGGCUUUCCUUAUACCAAGUCCCAUCCCAACUAGACGGACUCGAACCAAGUCCAUGUCUGAGCGAGCAGCAGAAGGACCAACUCACAAGGGGACAGUAAAAUUCUUCUGUCGACAGCGGGGCCAUGGAUUUAUUCACCCUGAUGAUGGUCAUGGAGAAGACAUAUUUGUUCACAUUUCAGAUGUUGAAGGAGAGUGGGUACCAAAAGAGGGUGACCAGGUGACCUACAAGACAGUGCUCAUUCCACCCAAGAAUGAGAAGCUGCAGGCAGUUCAUGUUGUGAUCACCCACCUGAAGCCAGGUGUUCUCCAUGAACGGUGGGACUCACCUGUUCCCACCAGUCCCGAGAAAUUCUCCCCUCAGUGA